AUGACAGAACUUCCCUUGGCUCAAGGCCAAAAGGCCAGCGGGUCCGCCAAAUCCAUGAUGAUUCAUAGCAAUCUCUACUGGUUCGGCUUCAUCUGCUUCAGCCAUUUCAACCCAAUCGCGGUCGCAGAACGAGCAAAGGUGAACCAGAACACGUUGGAACUUGAUGUCUCAGUAUCCCGGAGCAGUGAGUCUUCUGGGUCUCCCACGUCACUGGCCGAGACCUCCCAACGAUCCCAGCGGUCCCAGCGGCGGUCCCAACCGUCCGACAAAUCGAAGUGCAGCGAGUGGUCCAGCCUCAGACUGAUCUUGGAGAAACUGGGGGUCCAUCAGCUGAGUGAUCCCAAAUUGGGCGGAAAAAUUCGCUGGGUCGGAUGCUAUGUCUGGAAGAUUCGUUUGACAGACGCCACAUUGUCCGGCACCUUGGACGACAGGAUCGGAGAGCUCCAGCGUUUACACCACCUGGAUUUGAGGUUCACCAAGGUGGCUGGCAACCUUUCGAGCCUACAGAGAUUAACGAAGCUGCAAUUCCUCAACCUGCAAGGGGCAAAGAUCAGCGGUGACAUCUCAAGCCUGAAACCCUUGACUCAGUUGCUGGAAUUAUAUUUGGACAGCACCGAAGUCACCGGUGACCUGUUGAAUCUUCAGAAAGCGACUCAAAUCCGAAAGCUCUACCUCGGAUCCACAUCCAUCACAGGCGACCUCAAAAGUUUGCAGCAGCACGAAUGGCUGCAGGAUUUGGUCCUCGCGGACACGAAGGUGACGGGUGAACUGGCUGAUCUUCAACACUUGAGGAAGACUUUGUUCACUUUUCAUGCGGAAAACACCUUGGUCACAGGUGACCUGUCCAAGAUCAUUUGGACCGAGCUGGUGCAGCUGAAACUGACCAACACCAAAGUGACCGGCAACUUACGGAUGGCUCUGAAAAGCAAGGAACUCAAGGAGAUUGACCUUGCUGGUACCAAUGUGAGUGGUGACAUUUCGGCGCUCUUUCAGUGGAAACAACUGGAAGAGGUGGACCUGUCGGGCACCCAGAUGUCCGGCCGUUUGGGCCGUGCAUGGCGGGGUCAAGUUCCAGAGCUUCGGAUUCUGAAGUUGACGAACUGUAAACGACUGGCCUUCAUUCCGACAGGUGAAGGUCUUUUGGACCUGAAACAUCAGUUCUUUUCCAACCGAUUUCCGGAAAAUCUCCUCUUACCCAAGCUGAUCAUCUUGGAGUUGAGUGGAUCUCCGUUGAAUGGCAACUUGAUGGACCUUCUGGGACCCUUGGGUAUGUGUUUAGCUCUGGCCAGCAUUCGGGCCGCUGGCUGCGGGCUCACCGGAAGACUCCCCAGCCUUUUGUUUCAAGAUGUGUGGCUGGAUCACGAUCAUUGGUCGAUCUGGCACCCGGCGCUCGCAGCGUCUUUGCAAACAUUGGACCUUGCUUCAAAUCAACUCUCCGGUGUGGACCAGAUUCCACAAAACAUACAGUCACUGAUAUUGGCAGGAAACCCCGAGGUUGACUUGCGGCAUGGCGUUCUUCGCAGUGCUAUUGUUGCGGGCACUUUCCUAGACUUGCAGCAUGUAAGACUCACGAACUCUUUAGAAGCAAAAGAGCUGUUGGAAGCCAACAUCUUGGUAGAAUCGCCUACAGCCUCCAUGAGCAUCGCAGGUGGCUAUGCUUGCCAUGAUCUGAGCACCAAGUCUUUGCAGAUCACGCCUGAAGACUUUCUGCCGGAGGAGCUGUGCAGCUGUGCGCCGGGAUGGGCGGGCACGGGCGCCAACUGCACUAGGUGUGCGAAUAACACCUUCAGCAGUGACUACAGCGGCAACUGCCAAAAGUGUCCGGAAGGAAGUCGGGCUGAAGCAGCUGGCACCAGCUGUCGCUGCGCAUUUGGUGAGCUCUUGGAGGCGCCGGAGGGGAUGACAUGUGGAUGUGAAGAAGGCUAUGCAUCUGACCAGAAAAGCUAUGUGCCAUGCCAUAACUGGAAUUUGGCAUGUCCCACGUCAGGGAUGGAACUUCGAUCUGCUUUGCCGAAGUUGGGCUUUGCGCGGCUGAUGGCAAAUGACAAGUUGGCCUUACCUUGUUUGCCACCCAGAGAGACCAGGUGCAACAGCUCUGCAGGCUCUGCAAACCAAUGUGCUAACGGCUAUCAAGGCAUUCUUUGCUCAGAUUGCGCAGAGCACUUCUUUGCUACUGACGGGCUUUGCAAAGCAUGCCGCAGCGAUGGUUGGAUGCGUCCAGAACGUCCAGAGAUUUGGUACUUGACUGUGUCGAUCAUCGCGGUGCUGCUUGCAGGUCUAGCAUAUGUGUGGAUGCAAUCUGCCAGGAAUGUUGAAGCCACGGAGCCCAAAUUUUCGGCCAAGGAUGCAAUCAAGGAACAGUUGAAAGGUCAGGGGCCAAUCCUGCUGCAGAUGUGUCAGCUAUGGGCAGUGCUUGCCCUCCUUUCCAAAGAUGGGCAAGAUGGUAGCACGACAGACGCAAAGGCUUCACCCUUCUGGGAAAUACCCUAUGUUGAGGCUCUUCAAUUCUCCUUGGAAAGCUUCAAAGAUGGCUUGAAUUUGCAAUGCAGAUUUCAGGGUGUCACUGUGCGGCUGGCGUGUGCGUUGAUGGCACCCAUGGCUCCGCUCUUGGUGUUGAUGUGUUGCCUUGUGGUCGAAGUUUUUGCCCGUGGAUCCGGCAUCAGUGCGGGGUUGCAGGCGGUUGCUUUACUGUACAUUGGUGGAGCGUCCAGUGCUUCGAAGCUCUUGCGUUGCCAGAGCGUGGAUGGAGAAGGAGGCCGCCUUCCAAAAGAGUUGGCCUUUCGGAAAUGGCUGCCUCACCUUUUUUGCCAUGACGAGUCCUUACAAUUUGUGGAUGUCGUUGGGUAUGCCAGCGCCGUUUGCUACGGCUUGGUGAUUCCAUUCUGCCUGGUCUAUCUGUACGCCAAGCAACAUGCGGUGCUCCGACCUGGCAGAGCAACCGUGGCUGCUGCAGUACAUCAGGAGGCAUUGGAGGUGAGACUAGUGGAACUCAAAGGCUCUUCGUGGGACAAGACCUCCCUGAAAGAGAGAGCUCUCACGCGCCGCCUGGUAGCAGCAUCAGCUGCCUACAUCUCUGUGCUGAUGCGGGGACGUGUCAACGUGCAGCUGAAAGAUGGGGUUGUCGUUGUCAAGGCUCCAGGCCAAUCGAGUCAAGCUGAGUUGGGAGAUGUGUUGAGCUUAGUGAAGAUGGACACCGGAGCAGUUGGUACUUCACUGAAGUGUCGCGCCAUAGCAGAGAUGCUAAUGGAGCGAUGCAUCCUGGAAGAGGCAGAAGGCUCUGAGCGGAUUUUGGCAGGUUCGAAGAACUUGCUGUUGAAGUAUGCCAGGUGCCGAAGUUUGUACAUGGAGAUCGUCCAGAAACUCGUGGCAGUUGCUUUGGUGUCGGUGGUUGGCAGUGAGGAUUCCCUGGAACUGUCCUUCGCCAUCACCAUGGCGAUGGCUGCAACCAGCGCCAUGGUACAGCCCUUCUUGCACCCACAGGUCAAUGCGCUCCAGUGCUGUUGUUUUUUGUGUUUGGCCUUGGCAGCCGUGAGCUUCGGCUUCCAAUGGGCAUGGCUGAGCCGCUCAGCCUUGGCCGUGCCGUUUCUACUGAGUUUUUCCCUGACCUUGCGACCCGACAGCACGCAUGGCCUGGCCGUGCGGCUGUGGCAAGACUUGCGGCAGCGGAUCCAGCAGUUGGAAGAAGGGCAGAUGGUGGAGAUCCUGGUAGAGACUUUCACUUUCCUCUAG